AUGUCUUUGUGUGAAGAUAUGCUGCUUUGUAACUAUCGAAAGUGUCGCAUUAAACUCUCUGGUUAUGCAUGGGUCACCGCCUGCUCUCACAUCUUCUGUGAUCAGCAUGGCAGUGGUGAGUUUAGCCGCUCACCAGCUAUCUGCCCUGCUUGCAACAGUACCCUUUCUGGAAAGCUAGAUAUUGUCCGCACAGAACUCAGCCCAUCAGAGGAAUAUAAAGCCAUGGUGUUGGCAGGACUGCGACCAGAGAUUGUGUUGGACAUUAGCUCUCGAGCCCUGGCCUUCUGGACAUAUCAAGUACACCAGGAACGUCUCUAUCAAGAAUACAAUUUCAGUAAGGCUGAGGGUCAUCUGAAACAGAUGGAGAAGAUCUAUACCCAGCAAAUACAGAGCAAGGAUGUGGAAUUGACCUCUAUGAAAGGAGAGGUCACCUCCAUGAAGAAAGUGCUAGAAGAAUAUAAGAAAAAGUUCAGUGACAUAUCAGAGAAACUUAUGGAGCGCAAUCGCCAGUAUCAAAAACUCCAGGGCCUCUACGAUAGCCUUAGGUUACGAAACAUCACUAUUGCUAACCAAGAAGGCACCCUUGAACCAUCCAUGAUCACACAGUCUGGUGUUUUUGGCUUCCCAUUAGGAAGCCAUUCCAAGUUUCCUCUGGACAACACACCAAUUCGAAAUCACGGUGGUGGAGAUGGAGAUUUUCAUUUCAAACCAUUUUUUGUGGGUUCUCCCACAGCACCUGAACCCAGCAACAGCUUUUUUAAUUUUGCGUCUCCAAGUUAUGAACAACUAGAGAAACAGCAAGUUUCUAGUAGAGCCUUCAAAGUAAAGAGAGUUUAG